CGAUAUAUUAUGUAUAUUAUUAUGGUAGUUUUUUAAUCCGUCCGUGUCCCGCGAAAACGACGCGCGCGUAACGUGCUCGUUGGGCAGCGGGCAAGCGCAACACGUGUGCGGCGGAGAGGAUCGACGCGUCUCGUUCGUUCGAAUACGAUUUUAUUCUCUGUUAUUUUUUCUUUUGCAACACAUAAAAUAAUAAAUUAUUAUUAUUUAUUAUUUUAUUAUUUUUAAUAUCGUAUUGUUAUUCGACUCGCCGCCAUCGACUGUUCUCGACAGAAAACGUUCUCGGAGGAGGUGACUGCGGCUGCGGAGGUAGCGGCAGCGGCGGCGGCGGCCAGCGCUCUAUCGAUUGGACGUGCGUCCGCCGCCGCGUGCUUCUCUCGCUAAAGUGCCGUCGUACGCGCGACGCGCAGAGUUCGCGGAAAACGAAAAACCCGUACGCGAUGUGUGCCGGAAUUCACGACGUCAAAUCGAUCUUUGCCGAAUUCGCGGAGACCGAAACCCCCGAUGCCCUCGUCAAAGGAGACUACCGCGACGUGUUCGGUUCACGGAAGUCAGAACUCUAUGUUGGACCAAUUCAACGUGACGAGCGCGAUAAACGAGACGUCCAAAGCCAUCGUAGAGUCAGUUAUGAGCACAACGAUGAUAAACGACGGACCGCUGGCGGACAGCGAUGCCGUAUCGCCUGUCACGCUGAGUAUGGAAUGGAGUAGGGUGGCCAGGCUGUUGAUCAUGAUCGGCCUGUCCGUUAUCGGCAGCAUCGGUAACGUUUACAUGAUCAGCUCAGUAAUGAUUGAGGAUCAUCUCAACAAAAGGGGCAACACUUUCGUGGCAAACGUAGCGCUGGCCGACCUGUUGAUCAGCGGUCUCGUCAUUCCGGCAUCUGCCGUGGUCAUCCUGUCCGGACUACAGGAUUCGCCGCCGGUGUGCCAGUUUCAGUGGUUCCUGUCGAUCCUGUGUUGCCUGGUAACCGUGCUUACCAUGGCCGCGGUAGCGGCCGAGAACUACAUAAGACUCUGCCUGACGCCCGAAUGCUACGCCAAACUUACCGUCAGAAAAAUCACCACGCUCCUGUUCGCCAUAUGGAUCGUCAGCUCGAUCCUGGUCACGUUACAAUUCGUCUACAAGAUGGGACCAGACUAUUGCGCCAAAAAGGUGAGCAGCAUCGUUCCCACACAGGCGCUGGUGGCCGGUGCCAUCGUGCUGGCGCCGUUGCUCAUCACGGCCGGGCUGUACAUGCGCAUCACGUACCAGGUGCACGUGGCCCGGCUGAACCCGAGCUUCAAGCCGCCGCUGGCGUUCAACUGGGACUACUCGCUGAUGCUGGCCAACGCGUACAGCUUCGUCAUGUUCGUCGUGUUCUGGGCCCCGUUCGCCGUCGUCCUGGCGCUGGCCACCGUCCAGCGGCUGUCCGCCCAGGUGUUCUACAACCUCGCGUGGCUGGCCCUCAGCAAGUCCUGCUUCAACAACCUGGUGUACUGCGCCGGUAACCGGCACUUCCGCAACGCGUACGUCAACCUGUUCCACUACUGCUGCUGCAAGACGACGGUGACGUUCUCGCGGCGGGCCCGCGACGGCGCCAGCCGCCCGUCCGGCGACGUCCGCGUGCACAUCAUACCCGGCUACAACAUGUACUCGUACACCAGUCCCACCAGGUCCCGGGAGUCGGGAUCGUGCCCGCUGCAGGGCAGGCCCCGGGCCAGGGCCAACGGUGGAGGCGGCGGCCUCGGCUGCGGCGGCGGCGGCGGUGGCGGUGGAGGCGGAGGCGGCCGCGACGUGUACGAGCUGUAAGGCGGCUAAUCGACGCGUACGAUAUAAUAUGAUUAUCCUUAUAAUAUUAUAUUAUAAUACUUAUUGUCCGGCGCUACAUAAUUUAUAUAAUAUUCCGCUCCGAACACGCAUUAUAUAGAUAACUACGUUAUAAUAUUAUAAUAUUAUCAUUAUUACGUUUUCCAUUUACAUUUAUACAACGAUAUAAUAUAUUAUAUUUAUAUAUAAAAGCACAUACACGACGUCACGUCAUCCGUACCCCUAACCCUCCGAAAAAGCGCGUUCGCAGCGUUUGUACGCACGCGCGUCACACUCGCAUUCUUCUGUACAUAAUAAUAUAGUACCAAAAUAAUAAUAUUAAAAUAUUAUGUAUAGUCACCGCCCGCCCCCGAAAUUUUUAAUUUACGUUAAGGUAGAAAAUAAUAUAAGUUUUCGUCGCGGGCAUAAAAAAAAAAAUAAUCCUCUGUUAUAGCUGCGGGCUUGCAGGUAUGUGUGGAUUGUAUGGUUGGGCGAGUCGGGCGACAUCACAUCACGCAUACCUGUCCCGAGUAAUGCGUAACAAUAAUAUUGUAGAUACGUACGGUCGGCCGACCGCAUACGGACGAGUAGGAUAUUACGGCUAAUUAAUCCCUUCUGCCUCCACACCCCCACCCCCCCAUUCCCACCCACAACAGUCGGACGUUUAUAAAGAGACGACCGGUGCCGGGUUUAGCGUGGGUGCGGUGGGUCGCGUGAUGAACCGAGCGGCCUCGAAGCCGAAUAUACUUGUUGAAGUGUUUUCCUAGAUUUUCUGACCUAGUAAAAAGUGAUUAAUUAUUAUUAAUAAUGUCGAUAAUAAAAUAAUGGAAAAAGAUUAUUUUAAGAAAUUGCCCGCACCCGUUUCUGUUCUAAAACCACUUCUAUCCAGGAUAGUUGAAAUGUUUAUUUUUUUUAAAUUCAUUUUCACUUUUAUCAAAUACCGUGAGAAUAAUAUACCUACCAUAAUCCUAAUGCGUCGAGUUACUUUCAAAUAGAUUUUUUUAUCCAUUAUCCGAUAUUAACAGUUACACCCGGACUCCUGGCACUUAGAACCGGCACUGGAGACUCUGAACUUUUGGGGCCAAAAUAUCAUCAAAAAAAUCUUUCACCCGCGAUCGCCAACAGCCCAUAUUUUAUAUAGUGUGAGAUAGUAUAACGGUGCAGCACGGUCGCUUUGCAUAAUAUAAUUAUUUUAUUCUCUCGUCAAACAGUACUUAUAAUAACGGGUGAUACCCGAUAACACGGUCGGUAAGUAGUGUCAGCUCGCCCUGGGGGGGAGAGGGACGGAACAAAAAUAGAGCCAUCCGUCAUCGAGCAAAACGGUGCACAUCACACGCCGCCGCCACACGACGUGUCAAUAAACGACGUCAUAAUUGUACGCUUACAGUAAUAAUGACGGCAGUAAUAAUAUGCAAUACGGCGCGAUAAAAACGCGACUUUCGACGACUAUACCUAUACAUACGGUUUGGCUCGGAUGCCCGGAGCAGCGAGCACUUUUGUGAAACUCGAAACGACGGCUACGAAUUUAGAAUUACAUUUUUCUCCUCGAGCAUGUUAUAGAGAUGGGACAUAAUAUUAUGUACGAUGUACCUCAUAUUAUAAUAUAGAUCUUAAACGAGACGACGAUGGUGGUGGCGGCGACUUAUCGUGUGGCUGCAAAAGACUUUUUAGGUCGCGUUUAGUUUUUUUACCAUUCUCUCGUCCCACGGCACCGUUACUAUACAUUGUUGUUCGCAACGUUCACACACUUGUCAUGCGUAAUAAGUACCACGUGAUGGGGGUUGAAAAAGAUUUUUUAAGAGAACGGUUUUUGAAAGGUGUUCCGAACUCUGAGAGCAUUAUUGGAAUCUUUCGUGUCGGCAGCAAAGAACCGAAAAUAUACUCGCAAAUAUCCUUAUCCUUGUACCGCAAUAGAAUUAGAGUCUAUCGAUGUAUAAAUAUUAUUUUAUUCUUCGAUUUAUCCCCCCUCUCCCACUCACGCUUACAUUCCGUCGAGGAACCCGCCCGUUAUUCCGCAUAUAUAUUAUAUAUACAGGAAACCAAUGCAUUCCAUCGUUGAUUUAAAUUAUAUUUAUAUAAGAAUAUAAAAAUAUAUAUAUUAUACACUAUUCCCGUCCACUGUCCCGAGCCAAACAAGCGUUGUCAAUUAUAUCAUAUGUAUAUAAGGUACAUAUAUUUAUUAAACUAUUUAUAGCCCAUACGGCACGUCUUAAAUAUUACACAUAGAUGCAAUGUACUUACACUGUAAGAAAUGCGCAAUUUAUUUGUUUCGAACGGAUCAGCGACAUAAUUUACGUUUCAAAAUAAAAAUUCAAAAAACGGCUAGUAUGAGUAACACGAUAGUAUAAAUACAUUAUUGUUCGGUGACAAUUAUUAUAUGUUCGUGAUGUGUGAUUAAUGAUAACAUGCCUCGGUCGUUUCGAUUAUAGUCGUAUAAAUAUCACAUGUUUGGUAACUGGUAAGGUAAUCGUUUAGGCUUUAUUAUUAUUCAUUGUUCUAGCUUACAAUUUUUGCGUGUUCGCUGACUCGUAAUAACCAUAUUUUGUAUACGUCAUAUUUUUACGUUUAUCAAAACUUAAAAAUUUAAAUUUAUGUAGUAGAUAUAUAUAUAGUAUAAGUAUAUUCGUGAAUGGCAUUUCACUUACAGUUACACACUUACGCCAGCUGGUCCUCGUCGGUCUAUAUAAUAUAAUCGACGGUCAGAUAUUAUAGAUUUAAAAUUACUAGUUAUUAUAAUAUUAUGUUAUGUAUAAUAUUAUAUAGGUAUGUUCAACAUCUAUGCACAAUCCCGUUGUAAGCCGAAAUCUGGACAAACAAUAACAUAUAAUUCUGUCGAUUUAUAUUGAGGUAUUGUGGUUUAGUAAAUUGUGUACGUGCGUAUUUCAGUAAUUUCAGCUAUUCAAAACGGUGAAAAAUUAAAUUCAAAAAUAAAUCCUAAAACUGCUCUAUCACAUAUUAAUAGUAUUAUUAAUACAUUAUUAAUGGAUACAAUUUGAAAUUUGGAUUUAGGGACCACUCGACCACUGCAGGGCGGGCUAUUCAAUAUAUAUAUAUGAAUAGGUUUUGGCUGCUCAUGCUUGCAAGUGAUCAGCAGUCGCUGUAGUAUAAUUUUUUUUUUAUUAAAUAAGCCGUCUGCAUACUAGUGUGUACAGAAUAAUACGAUAUAUAAAAUGUUUAAUCUGUAUUCGAAAUUUCCGCACACAUACAUCCACGAUUUUACGAAAACAAAAGCGGUUCGAUGUCCACCGAUGCAAAUAUACCGGAACAUUCCGUUUGUUCAUAUUAAUAUAAUAUGAAUAUUUUAUUAUUCAAAACGUUAUAAACGACUGAGUUUCCUACCAUAUAUUAUAUACCAUUAAUAUUUAUAAAUAAAUACAUAAAUAAUCUGAUGUAGUAUUAAAUAUGUACAACAUAGUCAUUUGUGUAUUAUAUAAUAUGAAAUAGGUAGGUAGUAGGUACACAUAUUACAUAGGUACUAUACUCGAAAGUCGGAAAUGUCAUGGUAAUUAACAUAAAAAAAACUGAAACACAAAAGGCUCUUAUUCACCACUAUUCCCAUUCGUACUAUUAUUCUGUAAACGCGACAUAUAAUAUAAAUAUCAUGGUGAUUUUGAUUGUUUGCUUUGACUUUUUGAGUUCGAUAAUAAAUAAUAAUUGUUAUUCGUCAAAUGUGUCUGUUUUUUCUUCUUCCAUUAUCCUAUAAUAAUAAUAAUAUAAAAUAUUACAUUACACUAGCCGCACAUCGCACUCGACACCAUAACUAUUAUUUUUUAGGUAUUUCUAUCUAAUUGCAUCGGAACAAUUAAUAACAUAUUUACGAACUCCCGUCUUCCAAUAAAAUCUGUAAUUCUCGACGUCUCCGGAGUAACGUGUAUAAUUUGUUCGCACACUUUUUAUUAACGACUUUUUGAUUAGGUACAAUUGCCACCUCGAUUGUAUACAGUUUGAAGAACAAAAAUAUGGUGUAUUCGUAGUUUACUGUUUGGUAAAAAAAAAAGUCACAAUAAUAAUAACAUAACAAAAAUUAUUAAUUGCCUACUAUACCUACAUCUACAAUAUGUAUAUUGCCGUAUACCUACCUAAUGCGUGCAGUAUUUUGUAAAUUGCAAUCAAAACGGAAAAACAUUUUUUUGUUGAGUUUCUUCGAUUCCUAUUUUUCAUAAUAACAGCAGAGUAUUAUUACGAGUAUAUCUUCAAAAAAAAAAAAAAAAAUACUAAUUCAUGGUUACAUAAAUAAACAGCUGAUAAACUACAUGUACAUUUGCGUCCUUUCAUUUGAAAAAAUAAUACUUUAGCACCUUACUUGCCAAUAUGAUUUAGAGGCGUAUUAUUGUAUUAAUUGUAUCUAAACAUCAUAAAUAUCUACCUAUGGAUCUGAGACAUAAACGUUUUAAAGUAAAAACUUAUUAUAAUAAAUUAAUCAACAUUAAAUAACAUAUAUUUUGUUAUACAUUUAUUUUAUUUAAUGUUUUUUCAAAUUAUAAAACCUGAAGAAAGAUAUUAUAUCUAAACUUAAACCACGUCCAUUUUAAAACGUUUAUGGUUGACACAAUUUUAACGAACCUACCUAAUUCGCGUUUUGGUUUAAACAAUCUAAAUUAUUAUUGUCUUAACUCUUGACUCUUAUCGUACGUUUUAUUUUUAUGUACCUAUUUUAGCUUACAUUUUUAUUGCACAUUCACACUUUUAUCCACAACUCGUUGUUGUAUAAAGCCUUUUGAAACACAACAUUUCAUUCGUAUAUACCUAUGCGCUAAAUGUGGAGAUCUUCUUAUAAAGGUACAAGUGACUCUUAAUAAUGCAUUCGCAAAAGUGAACUCAAAACACGAAUUUCUACAGUGCCGUUCAGAAGUCACGUAUCGAGAACUCGAGUGACAAGCGUUAAAUUUAAAAAUAGAGGUCUUUAUAAUAAUCUAUUCCUACCAACUACCUUCACGUCUACUAAAUAAUAGGAAAUAAUAUAUGCUACCUGUCUACAUUAAUAUUUGUACAAUCGAUCUGUCGCAUCGAUUUAAUAGUAAUAUCGCUACACAUGUAUGUCACAGACCUGCACAGUAAAUAUUUCGAGGGACUUUUCAUUUUUUCAAAACCACAUUAAUAAUUGAUUGUCCGGCACACAAAGGGUUUUGUGUAAUAGUGUUAAUAAAGGUUACCUAUCGCAUCUAGGUACGGUUCCGUUAAUGAUAAAUUUAUUGUAUUAAUUAUUUGUAAAUAAGCAAUACCUACGAGUACGCUUGAAAAAAUACACGUAUUCCCAAGACACGUAAGAUAAAAUUAUUUUAGAAUAUUAUAUCAUUAUGUUUAUUAUUUAUUUUAAAACGUAGGUACCUACUUUUAAAAAUGUCUUCAAAUGUAAUUAUUAUAUUUCUAUAUCUAAUUACAUAUAGUCACAUACAGGCGCGUACACAAGGGGGGGUUUUAGGGGUUCAAACCCCCCCUGAAAUUUCAGGAAAUAAGUUUUAUUAUUUAUAACCUUAGGUUAGUUUAUAUAAGAAUAAAAAUUUAAAACCAAAACCCCCCCCAAAAUAUUUUUUUGUGUACGCGCCUGGUCACAUAGAUAGAUGCAUAUAAUAAUUUUAAUAACUAUAUUCGGUUACCUAUACAUAAGUACCUAUAUGGCUAUAUAUAUGAAUAUAUACAUAUAAUAUACAACCCCAUCAAUUUUUUUAUUGACUUAGUAAAAAAAAUUAUAUUAUAUACUUAAUACUUAUCUUUAUCUAUGUGUGUGUGUGUCUGUGUGUUGUAUUUAUUAAAAAUAUCACAUGCUACGUGCUGUGAUCAGCUAUAAUUUUUAAGUACCUACCUAGUAUAUAACAUAAAAUAAUAUAAUAUUUAUGUACGACUACAUUAUAUAUUUUAUAAGUAAGAUUAAGUAUUUAAGUUACAUAAAUAUUGUCAUAACAAAUUAUAUUAUUAUACACAUAUAUUAUUCUAUUUAAAAUUAUAUAUAUAUAUAUAUAUUAUUAUUAUAUCUAAACCUUAAAACAUAUUUUAUUAAUUAAAAAUUAUAUUACCUAUCUAUAUGUAAUUACUAUAUGUAUUGCUAUAUAACUUAUAAAAAUAAUCGUAUAAUUAAUAUUAAAUAAUAUAUGGCGUACCUAUUUUAAAGUAGGUAUGGGUACUUCGUACUUAAACUUAACUGUGUAGGUACCCAUUAUAAUAACACGUAUAAUAUGUUUAAUAUUAGGUAGGUACCUAUAUAUACUAUUAUUGUUUAAAUAUUUAAGUUUAGACAUGCAUUAUACACAUAAUCUACUUUCAGGCGGUGUUUUUAAAUAACCUAUCAUUGUAAUGACUAAUGAAACAUCCAAUUUAAGACUAAAUUUUGUGUCAAUUUAAUCUGUAUAUUAAUUUUUGAACAUUUUUAUCAAAACAUAAAUAAUUAUUAGGUAGGUAAAUAUAUUUAUAAAAUGCCUACAUAUAAAUCUAAGACCUAGUCCCUUACAUAGUUAUAUACCUAUAUAUAUACCAUAACUAUAGAUUUUUCGCAAAAUUAAACAAAACGAUUUCUUUGUAAGAGAUUGAGCAUAAUAAUAUGUACUUAUGCUCUCUGUGUAAUCCUUCCGGUGUUUUUUACUGUAAUAAUAUACUUUAUUGUUUUAUAAAUUAAUGGUAUAAUUAUGAGUUGGAUGAUAAUUGUUUUUCUUAUCCCGAUAGGUGUCUUGUGCCUAUAUUAUUCAAUUUCACUUGCAAUGAUUAAUACCAAUAUAAUAUCAUUCAUAAAUCUAUCGCUUCAAUUACAUAAUAUUACUUUACAUUUUAAAAUACUUAAUUCAAAUUUAAUUUAUUACAUAUCAUUUGCGUUCAGAUUUACUCGCAGCAGGUUUUGUUUUAUAAUAACGAAAUAAAAUAUUUUAUUGAUAAUAUAUUGUACGUCGUUAACAAAAACAAAUCUCGUGAAAUAAUAAUUGGGACCACAAUAUUUUUUCUACUGGUAAUUUUCAACAACGGGUUAAGACCUUGACAUUUUUUGUUUAUUAUUAUUAAAUUAUUAUUUGUUUUAAAAAUUGAAAGUUAUACACGUAUUGUUUAAAAUCUAAAUCUGUGAUACAAUAGAAAGGGACGACUUUUGACAACUGCUUUAAAAGGGUAAUUAUUUUUAAUGAUUUAAUUUCUUGAACUUUUGACGUCAUGCUGUCCAACACAUUAAUAUGUUAUACAAAGAUUUAUUUUUUUCGCUCAAACAUCGUACUAUUCACUAAGUAUAAAAACUAAAAAAACGUAAUUGCCAAGUAGGUUUAUUUAGUUAUUUUAAUAUGGUAAUGGUAAUAGGAAUAUACCGUAAUCCGUAGUUAAAAAAAAUAAAGUAUAAAUGAAUAAAUAGUUUACAAAAAGUAUAAACACUUGAUUUUGAAAUAUUUAAAAACCAUAUUUUUCAUAGGUCAUCAUCAUUUUUAUAGUAGAAAUAAAAUUCCAGCAGGCUACCUAAAAGCCAAAAUUAUUAAAUCAUGUUUAAGUUUAUGGAUGUCGACGUAUAUUUAAAACAAGUACACACAAAUUAUAUUUCAGUAAAACUGUGAUUGCAUAAUAUAAUUUGUACAAAUAUUUUAUAUCAUUAUUGUUCAAUAUAGUAUAUUUUGUUUUUCAUGAUGUAGGUAUCGUUUAUAAUAAAUUAUAAUUAUAAUAAUUAUAAUUUUUAUGUCUUUCCACAUAGAAAAAGUAUUAUUAUUUUUGUUCCUAAAAUAUAACUCGAAAUGUUACAAUUAUUGUAUGUCAAUAAUGCAUAUUAUUAUAGUUGUAAGCAAAAACAUCUGUAAUUUUAUACUUAAUAUUUUGUGUGCGUAGAAUUUAAAGUAAAAACAAAAAAAUUAUUACAAAAAAAACAUUGACUAUUAUUCACCUAUAUGCAUAGGUACAAUAUUAUAUAAUAAUAAUUUAUAUCCUAAGAUAAGGUGCUUUUUUUUUGUGUAUGACUAAAAUUAUGCAUGUUUAAAAUUAAUCCAUAAUAAUAAAAAUACUUGAAUGUUUAA